CCACGGGCACCGCGGCACUGCCGCCUCCGUCCCUCCCCCUGGGGGCUGGCCGGGGCUGGAGUGCAGCGGGGAAGCCACUGGAGGGCUCGCCUGCAGGGGGGGGGGGUCACUCAGGUGGUAGGUGGAGGCCCCGAGGAACACGGGGUAGGAAGCAGGAACUGGCCGGGGCUCUGGUGAGAUUGGAAAGUGUGAGGCGAGGUGCGGCCGGGAGCAGGAACCACACACCACGUCUGAGGUGACAGGAAGGGACCCCGUGUCAGCCGUGUGUGUGUGUGUGUGUGUGUGUGUGUGUGUCCGUCCGUGUUUCCACCUCGCUGUCCUGCUGCAGACGGGGCAGGUGGCAGGACCUGGGCUCCUGUGGCCGGAGCAGGCAGAGGCCAGGGGACCUAUGACCUGGGAGCCUGCGUCUACCCUGCAGGGGCCUCUGGUCCAGAGCUUGCCCCCUGACCUCACCCCCUGCCCACAGCCCUUCUUCCGGCUGCUGAACCUGCGCAAGCUGGGCCUGAGUGACAACGAGAUCCAGCGUCUGCCCCCCGAGGUGGCCAACUUCAUGCAGCUGGUGGAGCUGGACGUGUCGCGGAACGACAUCCCCGAGAUCCCCGAGAGCAUCAAGUUCUGCAAGGCCCUGGAGAUCGCGGACUUCAGCGGGAACCCUCUGUCCCGGCUCCCCGAGGGCUUCACCCAGCUGCGCAGCCUGGCCCACCUGGCUCUGAACGACGUGUCCUUGCAGGCGCUGCCUGGGGACGUGGGCAACCUCGCCAACCUGGUGACCCUGGAGCUCCGGGAGAACCUGCUCAAGUCCCUGCCUGCGUCACUGUCUUUCCUGGUCAAGCUGGAACAGCUGGAUCUGGGAGGCAACGACCUGGAAGUGCUGAGUCUGCCGUUCGCGCUCACCCACCUCAACCUCAAGGCCCUGUGGCUGGCAGAGAACCAGGCGCAGCCCAUGCUCCGGUUCCAGACGGAGGACGAUGCCCAGACCGGCGAGAAGAGGGUGGCCGACCCGCAGAGCCGGGGGCCAGGAGAGGCAGGGCAGGGGCAGGCUGUCUCCACCGAGUGGGCGCCUGGCCCCCAACCCACUUGGCCCUGUCGCCACACCGCCCCAACACCAGGUCAGCUGAAGCAGCUGUCCAUCCUGAAGGUGGACCAGAACCGCCUGAGCGAGGUGACCGAGGCCAUCGGGGGCUGCGAGAACCUGUCUGAGCUGAUCCUCACCGAGAACCUGCUGACGGCUCUGCCCCACUCCCUCGGGAAGCUGACCAAGCUGACCAACCUCAACGUGGACCGGAACCGCCUGGAGGUGCUGCCACCUGAGAUCGGGGGCUGUGCAGCCCUCAGCGUCUUGUCCUUGAGGGACAACCGCCUGGCCAUCCUGCCGCCCGAGCUCGCCCACACGGCCGAACUGCACGUGCUGGACGGUGAGCCCGAGGGCCUGCCGGCUGAGGCAGAGGGCCCACACCAGCCGGCCACCCCGGAGGAGGCCGAGGAGGAGGCCUACGAGGAGGACGAGGGGGCCGAGGAGGACGAGGAGGAGGCAAUGGUGGCGGAGGAGGAGGAGGAGAAGGAAGAGGCUGCGGCCUCGGUGCCCUCUGUCAAGGGGGUGUCGUUUGACCAGGCCCAUAACCUGCUGAUAGAGCCUGCUCGCAUUGAGGAGGAAGAGCUAACGCUGACCAUCGUGCGGCAGACGGGCGGCCUGGGCAUCAGCAUUGCAGGUGGCAAGGGCUCCACCCCCUACAAGGGAGACGACGAGGGCAUAUUCAUCUCUCGGGUGUCGGAGGAGGGCCCUGCGGCCCGGGCUGGAGUCCGAGUGGGGGACAAGCUCCUGGAGGUGAGUCGCGGCCCCUGGAGGGUCCACCCCACCCCAGGCAUCUUCAUCUCCCGGAUCGCCGAGGGGGGCGCUGCCCACCGGGCGGGCACUCUGCAGGUCGGCGACCGUGUCCUCUCGAUCAACGGAGUGGACAUGACUGAGGCCAGGCACGACCACGCCGUCUCCCUGCUGACCACACCUGGGGGGCGGGUGCUCUGCUCCCAGGAGAAGGAGCUGCCUGGACAGACGCCGCAGUGGGGGCCGGAGGCCACGGUACCGACUGGGGCAGCUGGAGGGAAGAUGGCGGACACUCCUCGCUCCCCCGGCCUCCAGCAGGUGUCCCCGGGCGUCAUCGCCAACCCCUUUGCUGGCAUCGGCCGCCGGAACAGCCUGGGCGGCUGUCGACUCCUUAUACCUGGGACGGGAGGCGGGGCGCCUGCGAAGGCCCUGGGACUCUCAGAACAGUUGCCGAAGGGCACGCUGUGGGCCGGCUGGGAUGGGCCUCCUGCCGCCAGUGCCUUUGAGACUCCCGGGAGGGCAGCUGUGGGACAGCACACGGGCCCCUGCCCCAGCCUUACUCUGUCCUGUUUCCUCGGUCUGUCCGGCCCCACCGCCUCCCCGGAGCAGCUGUCCUUCCGCGAGCGGCAGAAGUAUUUUGAGUUGGAGGUGCGGGUGCCCCAAGCCGAGGGCCCCCCCAAGCGCGUGUCCCUGGUGGGAGCCGACGACCUGCGGAAGAUGCAGGAGGAAGAAGCCCGGAAGCUGCAGCAGAAGAGGGGUCCGUGUGCCCGAGGGGAGUCAGGCUUGGCCUGCCGUGCGGACCUCUCCCAACACCCAUUUCUUGUCCCCCCAGACCUCGGCCCCCUGACCAGCACCUCCCCGGGACGUCUGGCCUUGUCUGGGAGGAAGUUCGACUACAGGGUGUUCGCCGCCCUGCCUUCUUCCAGGCCUGUCUAUGACAUGCAGUCCCCAGAUUUUGCAGAGGAACUGAGGUCCCUGGAGCCAUCUCCCAGCCCUGGCCUGCAGGAGGAGGAUGGAGAGGUGGCCUUGGUGCUUCUGGGCAGGCCCUCACCAGAGGACGUGGCCCUGUGCAGCAGCCGCCGCCCCCUGCGGCCAGGGCGCCGAGGCCUGGGCCCAGUGCCCUCCUAGAGGGGUGGGUCCCUUCCCCGGACUUGGGGUGGGGGCCCUGCCAGCACCAAGACCACCCUUGCCCCAAGUCUUUUAACCUGGGUGUUAGCAUUUUAGAGACCCCUCAGGAGUUCUGGCCACCGACUAACAGCUCCCUCCCCAGCCAGGACCUCUUGGCAAGACUGUAACUAGUGAUGUUUGUACAACCAAAGACUCUAUUUUGUGGUUUAAGGAAAAUAAAAUUGACUACGUUUUACCUU